AUGGAGGCUGCCUUCAAUGCCUGCUCGCUGAAAGUCUACGUACAGGAAGCGUCGGCAUUACCGGACACUUUGUUCGAUUCGACGCGCUCCGAGGGCGAUGUUCGGGCGGACUGGGAGCAGGCGAAAGCUGGAGCCGAACGGGACGUGGCUUUCUUCGAUGAGAAACUGAUCUACUUCCUUGCGCUUUUCGUGCCUGGAGAGGCGUUGGAAUACAUGGAUGGCGAAGGGGAACAGGCGGUGCUUGGCCUGGUCAAGCGUAUCCAGCGAACGAUGACAUCGUCCUUUCUCCCUCCUACCCCUCCCCGCAACCACGCUCCGCACAGCCGAUACAAUACCGACCCCACUGCUCCUUCGCUUGGUAUACCUACGCUUCCCGAAACACCCCUGACUCCAGGCACAGCAGGUGUGCCAGAUCCCGCUACGCCAAACCCGUUUCCAGCGAUGCGAGGAGGCGAGGAGGAGUAUGCGGACGUCGAGGGUGUGACGGUCUGGGAGGGGGACGUAGGGAUGGUGUCCACUCCAGAGGCUGGAUCGGGUGGGAAGAAGGGAACCGGAGAGAAGGUGGAAGCGAGGUCGGUCGUCAGAAGGGUAGAGGGUGGAUAUGAAGUAAUUUGGGAGGGGGAGGUGCCCGUCGCUUAUGUUCGGACUCAGAUCCAGAACCCGCUUUUGGCUCUCACAGCAUCCAUCACUCUUCGGCCAGACGCUCUGACGCGCUCGGGUCACCGCUCGCACGGGAGCGUCGCGACACUGGAGGGGUCGGUACUGAGUGACGGAGAGGAGGAGGAAGGCGGUGCGGCAAGCGAUGAAGAAGAGGAAGCAUGGAUGAUGGAUAUCGAUCUCUUGGGCGGACUAGCUGGCACUUCGGACCUCGUACCUGCAACAAGGCUCGGUCCAUCUGCACGCCAGGACCUCUCUAUCUCGGACUCUACGUCGGUAAGACCGACACCGCUGUCCGCCGUUACUCCCGUUACCGCUCCUCACCACUCCGCGCCUCCCACUGCUAGCCCCGGUCCUCACCGGUCGGCCGGAGAUUUGCCCUCUCACCUCCUACCCUCCGGUUCCACCAUGCGCAAGUCAUUCCGGCGCGUCCUAUCACUAUCCCCCGGUCUUAGGGUCAGGAUGCGGAACCUCGUCCUGCCCCAGCUCAUACCGCCCUCCGGAACACAUGCGGACGACUUCGACAACGACGAUGGUGAGAACAAGGUCGUCCUCUGCGUUGAGAUCGAGAAUGCUCCGGAUGGCAACACGCCCCCAAUCGCAUUCGUCGUAUCCCGCGUGGAAGUGGAGAUCGGCGGAAAGGGCGGCAAGGCCACCGCGGCUCUGACCUGCCAGCCUACCAGCUCGGAUGACGUCUUCCCGUUACGGCUCCAGCCUGUGGAGCAGUACAAUCUGCUCUACGGGGUGACGGUCGCAUCUACCUCGGAAGAAGGCGGAUGGGAGGAUGAUCAAGCUGCGAGAGCGGUUCUGAGGAACCUCGGGACGGGCGAGGUUAACCGUCCGGUCAGCAUCAUGGUCAUCGGGCGGCCAUACUAUGCUCCUUCCACGACUGAGGGGGUAGUGUAUCCUACAAGGGAGUUCAGCUCGCGCUGGAAUUGCAACCUCGACUUGUCGGCGUACUAUGCUAGCUUGGCCUCGGGCGCUCCGCCUCCGAUGGCCGCUGGACCCAGUCGGCAGCGCACGUCCAAGCCGGUGUCUUUGCCGCCCGCAAACGCCAUCGUCGGGGACAAGCGGUACUCGCUCGCCACACUCCUUGCGGGCGACAACGACGAGGCAGCGACGCCUCGCGAACCGAUCGGUCGGCCCCCCUCACUGCCUCCUCCAAAACGGCUCGUCUCGGGUAGGCCACUCAUGCCGAGCCAACUCGCCAAUCAGGCGCAGGGGCAGAACCGCUUAUCCUCUCUCCGCACCGUAGGGGAAAAGGAGGAGAAGCCGGGCUUGAUGGUCAGUGUCCGCCUACUGGAUCGGACGGAGGGGGAGACCGGGACCAUCAAGCCGCUAGAGGAGUUCAGCGUCGAGGUGUAUGUCCAAAACCGGACGGAAGAGGUCAGGCGCUUCAGAUUGUCUGUACCGGGCCGGCAAGAGGGACGCGGGAAGUCCGCGCCGGGCGUCAUACCCCUCGAGAACGAUAUUCGCUGCGGUCCGCUACUUCCGGGCGCGAGCAUGAGCUCAAGAAUACGCUUCAUGGCUCUCAGGGAUGGUGUACAUCGGAUAGAGAAGCUGCGCGUGACAGGCGUAGGAGACGAUGUGGACUUCAUUGUUAGUCCGGUACUCGACGUUGUGAUCGGCUCGGGGAUCGAUUAG